AUGUCAUCUGUUGUGCAGUCUUUGCUAGCUGGUAAAAUGAUUGGUGCAGGUGGAGGAGGUCUUUUAAGGACUUCACUCUACGUUGGUGUAAAGAAAUUGGAAGAAACAGUGCCGGUUGGAGCGACUUUAGCAAAAUUAAAUGACUUGAUUUUGGCUAGCGAUGAAUAUAAAAAGGAUCCAGAAUUCGUAAAACAGGUAUUUGAGGAUACUGUUAAAGAGAGAAAGAUACAAGAACAGGAGAAAGAAGCCAUGGAAUUGGAAAAGGCUCGAAUGGCUCAUGAAUUGGAAAUGGCCCGAUUACAGGCGCAAGAUCGAGAAUCGACAAUUCAAAAUGUCGCAAAUUCAAGUUCAAUUAAUACCGAAGCUGUUAAUACUAGGAGAAAGUUUACGUUACCAAAGCUGGGGUUCAGGCAGUUUGGCGACGAUGUCAAGGAAUGGCUUCCGUUUUGGAGUCAAUUUCAGCACAUAGAUAAUGAUGCUGAUAUUGCCCUUGAAGACAAAUUCCAAUAUCUGAUACAAGCUACUGUGAUGGGUUCCAGAGCGAGAGAGAUUGUAGAAAGUUUCCCGCCAACUGGGGAAAAUUAUACUAAAGCCGUCGAUAGUCUGAAAUCGAGAUUUGGAAACGAGGAUCUUUUAGUGGAGAUAUACGUAAGGGAACUUCUCAAAUUAAUUAUUAAUGUUCAGGUGAAUAGAUCUUUUCCACUUACCUCCUUAUAUGAUAAGCUGUAA